GUUAAGGGAGCUUUCUGAUAUUGCCAAGAUGCAAGUUACUGCUUUGGAGAAUCGGCAACAAUCCAGAGAGAAAGAGGUAGAAUCACUUAGAAUGCAGAUUUUGGACUAUCAGACACAAUCGGAUGAAAAAACACUUAUUGCAAAAUUGCAUCAACAUGUCGUGGCUCUUCAGAUUAGUGAGGCUACUGCAGUAUCCAAGUUAGAGUCAGCAAUAUCAAAACUUCAGAAGAUGGAGAUUGUAAAUAUGCGCCUGGAGCAAAAAUUGGAUGAUAAGGAACAAGCGUUAUAUUAUGCACGGCUUGAAGGGAGAAACAGAGCCAAGCACCUUCGCCAGACUGUGCAGUCACUGCGGAGGCAAUUUAGUGGUGCCUUGCCCCUGGCCCAACAGGAGAAAUUCUCCAAGACUAUGAUUCAGCUUCAGAAUGACAAACUGAAAAUGUUGGAUGAUAUCCAGCAUGCUCAACAAGAGCGUCGAAAUGCAGAGAAGAGAACACUAGAGUUGGAAAUGAAAUUAAAAGGAUUAGAAGAACUACUAGCCACAUUAAAAGAUACAAGAGGAGCGCAAAAGGUCAUUGAGUGGCAUAUGAAAAUUGAAGAGCUUCGUCUUCAGGAACUCAAGCUGAACCGAGAACUAGCCACAAAAAAGGAAGAGAUCAAAUAUUUGAACAGUAUUCUUUCUGAAUAUGAGCGUACAAUCAGUAACCUGGAAGAAGAAGUUGUGCAGCAGAACAAGUUCCACGAGGAGCGGCAGAUGGCCUGGGAUCAAAGAGAAGUAGAAUUAGAACGCCAGCUAGACAUAUAUGACCAUCAGCAAAGAGACCUGUUAAGUACAGCUCACAAGUUGGAUGAAACUACAGGAUCAUUUCCAGAUCCUAGCUUAUCACUUCCACAUCAGCUUGAGCAAGCUAUAAGAAAAGUUAGAGAACAUGUUCGAACAAUCCUGGAAAUGCAGGUCACUUGCAAAUCCUUAGAAGAGGUAACUGAAUUG